AUGCACAACUGCAGGCAGGUGUCCGCCGACGGCGCUGCCCUUCAGCUCACCACCCAUCAGGAGGUCGGGCUCAAGCUGGGGCUCGCCAAGAAGAGCAUCAACCCUGCUAUCAUUGGCGUCUGGCGCAACGGCGUCGUCGCUGACAAGAAGUGCCAGAGGCUCGCACUCCACUACAUCGAGGAGUUUGGAGCGCUGCAGUAUUGGCUGCGGGCGGCGUUCCAGCAGGCCCAAAUCAAGUGA